AUGGCCUCAAACAGUGCAUUGUCCCAGACCAUUCAGGCCCUGACCCUCAGCAAAAUCCGCGAGUUGGAGAAGCUGCGCAAUGCCUAUGAAUCGCGCAAAGCUGAAAUUCUCGAUGGCGCCAAGAAUAGUCCCGAUCAACACAAGAGGUUGAAUCAUCUCCUCGCGGGCACUAAGGAGCUCGAUCCCGGCGCCUCUCGAGAUGUUACGAUCGGCCAUAUUGAACGGUGGCUGGAUCAGGCCCGAUACGACUCUUCAAUUCCAGCAGAUAUGUUACAGCGUUUCGAGAAGACCCUGAUGGCAAAGCUGGACGCCCGCAGUCGCAAAUUGACUCUCGCCGAUCUUUACUCCCGCCUGUUGACUGAGUGGAUGAAUCCACCUUCAAGCACGGAUGGCGACGACUCUGCAGACGAGGAAGACUUUCUCGUUGUGGAAGAGCGACAAAAGCAACGUCUUCGGCAGCUGUGUGACCAAUUCGAAGCGGCCGUCUUUCGACCUUUCGAAACCAGUGAGGCCAACAUCCACACGUUCCUCGAAGAUCUCUUUCCUGCAGAGGAACAGCAGGCUGCACUCGACCAGAUUCGCAGGAAGGUCAAGAAUGAAUGUGACAGCCUCUGGGAGACUGAGGCGCCCUUUAACCACACCUCUCUGUCCCGCUGCAUUCAAGGACUGCUGAUGGAGGAGCUGCUGAGUGAUGCGAAACGGACGGUUCUCAAGGGCUUCCUCGAGAACAAGGUGGCCAUGACGGAGAUUGCGGACGUUUUGAACAUGCGUUACGCCGACUUGAAGAACUGGGACUGGCAUGCAGGAGAGGACGGUAUCCCCGUUCUGCCGCGUCAGCAGACCAACGGGAAAUACCGCAUCUGGGUCGAUGAGGACGUGCUACAGACCAUCUUCGCGGAGUUUGUCGCCGUUAAAUUUUGCAAUAUCCUCAAGAGCACCUUCAAGAGCACGCUUCUUGGCAGCGAUGGAGUCUGGAAGCUGACUCAAAGCCCAGUGAGGAUGGAACGCGACAACCUGCGUCGCAAGUACUACCUGACCGAAAUCUUCCGACAACAUAAUGUGGAAAAGCUGCGCAUGGAAGAGUACCGCGACACCUAUUUCCUCUCCCAUAUGCCGAUCUCAGACACGGCAUUGUUCGAAGGCCGACCAUCGUACGAUGAUGCGAGUGACGACGAGGACGAGAAACCAGACCGCCAGACUGGCCCGAAGCGGAACAUCAAGCAGGAGAUCCUGCGCCACGUUGCGACGGAGACUCUUUUUCAUCAGCAUUUACACGGCGAAGCAGCCGUGAUCCAAUCUGACAUGAAGUGGUACGCAACCGGCCUUCCGCACAGCACUCUGUUCGCCAUCAUGACAUUCGUCGGCUUCUCCUCGGAUUGGAUCAACUUCUUUACCAAGUAUCUCCAAGCGCCGCUGAAUAUGGACCGCUCCUGCGAUGGAAGGACCCCAAUGGGGCCGCGCAUACGUCAGAGAGGUGUUCCCCUGGCCGGUGCAAUGGAGAAGAUGAUGGGCGAGCUGGUGCUCUUCUUUAUGGACCUGACCGUCAACCGCGAGUCCGGCAUGCUGCUGUACCGCAUCCAUGACGAUCUGUGGCUCUGCGGCAACCCAGCCAAAUGCGCCCUGGCAUGGGAGGCGAUGCAGAAAUUCGCGAAAGUCACUGGGCUCGAGUUCAAUCACUCCAAGACCGGAUCUGUCUACCUGGCCAAACCCAAGGACGCCGGGAUCGCCUCGCGACUGCCCAACGGUCCCGUCACCAUCGGCUUCCUGACCCUUGACCCCGAGUCCGGCAACUGGGUAAUCGACCAAGAGAAAGUCGAAGAGCACGUCCAGCAGCUGAAGAAACAACUGGACCGCUGCGACAGCGUGAUCUCAUGGAUCCGCACCUGGAACAGCUGCAUUGGCCGCUUCUUCACGAACAACUUCGGCCAGCCGGCCUACUGCUUCGGUCGCGACCACGUCGAUCUCAUCCUCUCCACCUACCAGAAGAUGCAAAACACCCUGUUCAACGACAAUGGACGUUCCUCGACGGUGACAGAGCAUCUCAGGAAGAUGAUCGAGACCCGAUUCAGGAUCACCAAUGUGCCAGAUGCAUUCUUUUUCUUCCCCCAGCAGCUCGGCGGCCUUGGGCUACGGAACCCGUUCAUCUCGACGCUCCUGGUCCGCGACGACCUGGAGUCGACCCCCGUCCAGCUCAUGGAUGAGUACAAGGAAAGCGAGAGAAAGGCAUACCUUGAGGCGAAGAAGACGUUUGAUGACAUGAACGAACGAGAGCGCCGGCGGCGGUAUGCGGCGGUUCACCCAGAUUCCGAGUCAAAGGUGGACCCAGUCAUCAGCAAGACCGAAAUGACCGCCUUCAUGUCAUUUGAGGAGUUUACUCGCUUCCGGGAAAGCUCGGACUCCGCCCUUGCGACGCUGUACAAGAAGUUGAUGGAAGUCCCGGAUGAGAUGGACGUGGAGCUCACGAAGGAGGUUUCGGGUGCACUGAGGAAAGUCAGCUCGCAGAUGGAGUUCCCAUGGGAGGACAAUGAACUCAAGUGGAUCCUGCAGUUGUACGCUGAGGAGCCAUUGAAGUUACUUGGGGGGUUGAGUUUGGUCGACAAGCGAUUCUUGCCUGUGGGGGUUUUGGCAAUGGUCAAGGGGAAGAGGGUUACCUGGCAGAUGGUGUUGUAA